CGUUUGUGAACGGUUCGACCUUGAAAAGUACGAAACGAUUUUUUUAAAGAAUAGAAAGACUGUAUUUAGCACAACAAAGCGACCUUUAUGAUUUAAGAUUUUUGGACAAGGAUGGAUCCUUUCACCCAGGUAAAUUUCAUGUUCUUAUUCAGCUGCGCUAUUGAAAAAAUAUGUUAAAGUUCGACUGUCGUUUAUGGUUCAAAAUUUAUGAUAAUUUAAGGUUAAUUGCUGCUUCUGUUUCUUCUGGUUUGUCAUUAAAUGAUUUAAAUACACUCUACUUUCAUCGUUAACUAAGAAUCUAGUCGAAUUAUAAUUUUCUUUCCCUAGAAAUCGAUAACAGAUGCUAAAUGAAAUGAUCAUGAAGCACAAGGAAUUUAACCCGCCACAACUGAACUUUACUUACUUGAUUGGUUACUAAACAAAUUCAAAAAUGUUUGAGAACACAAUUCUCGAUUACUCUGUCGUGGGUUCAAGUUUUCAUUUUCUUCAAGGAAAAUCAAGCUUUCUUCUGGCAGCUAACCUCUCUAUAUAUUAGCACGCAUGAUCGUGAAAGCACGAUGGCGCAUUCCUUUCGUGCUAACGAAAAAUAUAAAUGCUACAAAAUUCCGGUUUAUAUUUUUCAGUAAAGCUUAUUGUAUUUUCUUGAUUCGAUUAGCAACAUUAUUGAUCGUUUUUGUAACUGAAAUUGAUUAUUGUUUCUUAUUCUUUCAACAAAAAAAACCUGAACAAGCCCAAUAAGCUCAUCAGAUUUUAAUACAUUUUUGAAAGAUUAUAUUAAAAAUACUUCUGUUUCUGUAACGUCUGUGAAAGCCUUACUCUAUCACAGUUGGAAACGGUUCAAAACAGUUGGGAAGAAUAAUAAUCUGGGAUUAGCUCAAUCCAUCUUAGCAUGUCUAUUAGUUAUUUUGCAACCGUCAGCUUAGUAGGUGGACUUUUUCUAUGACUGAUUCAUUAUGAGUCAUGGGCAGUAGCAUUUCUUUCCCAAUCAUUCCUUGACACUCUAAACUCGAGAUUGCUCCCAAUCUCUCAAUUUAAGAAAACGUUUUCUUAUUUUACACGAAAAAUUUAAAACAAAUCAUAGGAUAAGAACUCUUUUUUCUGUAAUUUAAACAGGCAGUUUGAGUUUACGAGAACAAAAUCUUAUUCUAUUAUUUGUUCCAAUUUUUUUUCUUAAAAUAAGGAAUCUCGAAUUUAAAGUACAUGGGUUGUGCUCAAAGAGAAGAAAACUUAGAUUCACGCAUUUUUUGAGAGUGUUGGUUGAGUGGUCGUAAAAAUGAAUAUUAAAAGAGCUCAUGAAAAAUUAGGCAGAGUUUGAAAAAUAAAAUGAGUUUGGAUAUGGUUGAUUCAGGGAGUGUUCCUUUUGGGAUGAUCAGGAUCAGCAUUUGUGUUGUGACCCAAGAUUGAUCAUUGGGAUGAUGGUCCAUCAAAGGAACCACUAAAUCCUAUUAAAAAACUGGACAGGGAUUCAGCAGCACCAUGGAUAUAGUUCCUGAUUUUGAAUAUUCUCUUAAAUUUUUACAGAAGUUAUUGGCAAGAACCCAAGCAAGAAAGGACCAACUUGUAAAGAAACGUGAGGAGCUAGAGGCAUGUAGAGCCAAAAGAAAUUCACCAAUCAAAGAUCGCACUCGUCGUCCUCUCUCAGAAGACAACACAGACAGUGGAACUUGUGAGAUCAAUACUGAUGAAAUUAAGAGACGUCGAAUCGGAAGCGAUGACAGUGGAAAGAGUUCUGCUCUAAGGAAUCCCCGGGAUAUCGAUGUUAACAGUCCUUCCGUUCAGGUAAGCCUUGCAAACACCAAAAUCAUGCCAAAAGAAACUUUACAGCUGUUGAUGUCUCCUUUUUGCAACUUUGGUUCUUGAUGAUGGUUUCUUUUUUGUUAGGCUCGUAAAGAAAGGCUUAUGAAGAUGCAACAGAAAGAUCAAGAAAAUGGAGUCACACCUAAAAAACACUGGAAACCAGCAUUAACUCAAGGAGCUAAAGAUGCCAACAGUCCAAGUGUUGCAUCAAGAUCAGCUGCCUUUGAAAAUAACAUGAGAGAUGAGCAACAGGUAAGCAAACAGUGAUCACCACGAUCAUGUACUCUAACAUGGCAUACAAGGGUAAUAUUCAAGUCUUAACAUAGCAGCUAGUCCCUAGCAGGGCCAGGGAUUUUGCCUUGAUAAUAGGGUAUAUUAAGUUUUGUAAACAGUUGACAACACAAAAAAACCACAAGCUUAGCCUUUUCCAAGCUCCAGAACUCUUCUCAUCAAUUUAAAUGGCAGACCAUGACAUACAACAUUUUUUUUUCCCAGGAGAAUGCCAAGGACAAACGACUAGCAGAGCUCCAGUCAUCCCAGACUCCUGGAAAACUGGCUCAAACACGCAGCAUGUUUGAGAAUACACCAGAACAAAGCAAACCCAGCAUCACAGAAGAUAAAUUUUGUCCCCCACCAAAACCUCCCAGGGUAGCUGCCAUAGCUGAAGCUAAUAUGGAGCAUUGCCAGGCUGUAGAUCAACAACAAUCAACUAAGAGAAAAGCUCCAUCUCCCCCUAAGGAAAAAGAUGCCAGCAACGGAGAGAUAAUAAAUGACGUCAAAGCCGUGGAUGGCAAGACGGCAUCUGUGGUGAAAAGAAGAGCUCCAGAACCUCCUACCUCCCCUAAAAACAAGGAUAAGAUUAGAAAAGAAGCCAAUAAAUCUUGCGAUGAUACAGAGUACAGGCAGGUGGAGGCCAAAGUGAAAACAACUCAAUCACAAAGUAUGUCUGCUGACAAGGAAAAUGAAAAAAGUACAGCUGAGCCAGUUCCAGCAAAGAGGGAGAGGAAGGGUAGCAUUGAUGGUUUAGACAAUGCCACGAAAAGUAAUGUUGAUCAACCUACUCCCACACCACGCAGAAAAGCUCAAACCUCAGCUGAUGGCAUUACAGAGGCAGAAAACCACAAUGGACCUGUAAAGAAGCCAAAGAGAGCACAAUCUGAUGCUACAGUUACAAUAGUAGCAACUCCUAUUGUUGGUGACGAGAAAAGGUCAAAGCGAGUUAAGUCAAAGCAGAGGCCUGAAGAAGAGUCGUGCAUCAUUCAAGCACGUGUGAUUGAGGAGAACCCCACAGAGGUUGCUGCUUUAAGCUGUGAAAACACUGUCACAGUCAAAGGAAUUUCUUCUGAUGGAACUGAGAGGAAAGGUGUUAAAACACACAGAUCAGAUAGAACAAAAGUACAGGUAAGUGUGGUGGAUCCUGCUGAGAAACAACCUAAGAGGGCAAAUGAGAAGUUUUCCGAUGGUAUCAUCUUAGCUGUUGCACAGAAGCCUCAAAGCUCAAGGAAAACCAGACAAUCAACUAAGAAGAACGACUUUGAAUUCAAGGUUCCCAAGCAGCCAGUAGCUCCUGCUAGAGACAACUGCCAUUUUGAUUUAAAUGAAACUGUCAACCUCAACGAUGUUAACAUCCAUGAAAUAACAUUCAACUUUGACUUUGGCCAGUUUGACCAAGAGCUUGAGCAAGACAAAGGAAGUAUGUUUGUGAGCUACGAAGAAAAGUGUAAACAGGUGUGGCUUUUUUUCUUCCUUCCAUUUACGAGCCUGAGUGCAUUAAUUUUAAUCCUAAUCUCUUACAAAAAGGAAAAAUACAAUAAAAGCCAAAUCAUUGCAGCAAUUGACAUUAUGCCAGUGAAAUAUGCCCUAGUAUAAUUAACAAUUAUUCCUCGAGCUUGAAUGGGCUCUGAGUCAAUAGCCCAUGAGGCCGAAGGCCAAAUGAUCAUGAGCUAUUGACUCAGAGGCCAUAAGGGUGAGAGGAAUAAUAUUGUUUUAGUAAAAUCUGACUAGUUUGUCAAAAAUAUCGAGAAUAAAAAAAGUUUAGCUACUUAAAGCUAGACUUUAAUCCUUUUUUGCUGUGAAAAAGCCGGUGCUUUUCACUGCCAGUGGGCAUACAACAUAUAGCCUAUUAGUAGCUCAACCAAUCAGAAUGCAGCACCACUAGUUGGAUUUUACUAAUAUGUUUUAUCUCAAUCAAGCCAACUUUUGUCUGGGAGCUUGCAUUGUUUGCACUCUACUUUCCUUUUCACCUCUAGUUACCUGUCAGAAUUUCUGCCAUUAACUGAGUGAAAUGAAACAGCCUUUUGGCAGGUUAUUUAAUAAGUAAAGUUUGAGGCAUUACAACAAGUUACUUAUCUCUGACAAAAACACUCUCUUCACAUGUUUUUAUUAGUUGGAAAAGGAACGAAAAAGAGAAGAAAAGAAGAGAAAGGAUAGUGCAUCAGCCAGUCUUAAUCCUAAAUCAUCAUCAGGCUCAUCAGAGUGCGACAGAGAAGAAAGAGGUUCUUACAAGUCAGGGUACAACAGUUCAGCGAGUGAUCAAUAUGCAACUAAAACAGUGCUAAAGCCCAAGUCAGCAGUGCCACAGAGACCAAAAAGAACUCAAGACACAAUAAAAGUAAGCUAAGUCUUUAAUUGGAUUUGCUCUCUUUUUUGAGAAAGGGGGAGGCUUGAAAACAAUACAGUGGAAUCCUGAUUUCUUCUAUCCCAACUUGGAAAAGGCAAUUUGGUUCCAGUUAUUGGGAGGUUCGUAAAAUUGAGCGUAAAAUAAUGCAUGAGUGUUUGACUUUUGAAGGGAAGUUAGAUUUAGUUUGAAUUACGAUGGUUAGCUCUUAUAAGCGGACACCCUCGGGGCACGAAAAAAACGUCCAAAACUGGAGCUGGCCGCUUAUGAGAAUCUAAAAAUACAGAGUUUGUAUGAGAGUGGGGAUAAACAGGUUUUGUGAAGAUGGCCAUAUUAAAGUAUAACUGUCCACUUGCAAGAGUGUCCAUUAGGCUAGGGGUGCUACCACUGUAUCAGGAAUUUCUCUACCAACUGAGAUGCAAAUAAGUGGUGGAUGUUAAAAGUUUAGCCACCACAAUAUGUAGUGUACAUGUUGUAUGUUAGUGUCGCGCACACGCACCAAGCUCAUGCAAUCUUUGUUCACUGGCCAUUCUUCCACUUUUGAUAUUGCAAUGCGUGCAUCUUAAUCUGUUUGCCAUGACUUAAGUCUAUUGGCAAUCAACUCCUGGAAAUAAACUGCCAUCCAAAUAAUGCAGUUACAGUGUAUUCAUCUUAAGCUUUGAUGUAGUCUCUGUCAAUUCAAUUCAAUUCAAUUCUUUAUUCACACUAUACAAGAUAUUUACAUAAGUGUACAUAGUAGGAAAAUAAAGUAGCUACAAAUAAUAAUUAACUAAAAGAUAUUAAGUUCAUUUGUGUACGGUGUCCAAAGUAGCAAGAGCUUUCUUGUUGGACACCAUCAUAUUGAAAUAAUUGGCAGCAGUAAGGAGAGGAAUAAAAUCUCAAAUAAAUUCAGUGAUAGAACAUAUAAGCAAGGUCAGAUUUGGUUGGUUAGAAGACAGGACUUCCAUUCUUUCUUAAACUUAUGAUAUGGCAGACACUUGAGACCAGGCGGUACAGUCUCCCAGAUUUUUGGAGCGGAGAAUUUAAAGGACGUCUUACCUGGUGGAUACUCUUGGCCUAAAAUAGCUCAGAUUACUGACAAAUCUUGUAUUAUGGUUGUGUAUACGCGAUGCUGGAGUCAGGACAUCAAGGAAAAUAUCUGGAAUGCUAUCAGUCUCAUUUCUCAUUCUAUGUAUAAAGCAACAUUUUUAAUUUAUAUAUCUUAUCUAAUUUAAGGAUUGUUAGGAGUUUGAAAUAGGGAGCAGCACUCUCUCUAGGAUGUACAAAGAAGAUGGUGAUAUAUAAAAAAGCAUAAUAAAUUUGUUUGUUGUCUGUCUGUGGUUUGUUCAAGUUACAAUAAGUUUGCCAAAUUCCUGUGAGUCUGUGUCUUUACUUCCAAAUGCCAUUUUAACUAACAGCGCUUAUGGUUGUACUCUUUUCCUGGACUUUUCCCCACAAACAGAUGCUGCUUGAAGAAGCUGCAUAUCAACAGAACAUUGUACUCCAGGCAAGUCAAGCUUUAAAUCUCUGCGUUGCAAAUGAUAUCACCUUUAGAGGCUCCACAGAGGAAAUUGAAGCUGAAAGAGUUCUCUUACUUGCAAGUAAGUUCAGUUGCACCAUAGACUAAUGCCGACAACUGUAUGUGUUUCUUUGAAGUCCUUGACAAGGUUUCGCAUAGAACGACAUAGAUAUCAUGAACCUGAUUACAUUUUGCUUUUGCUGAUUAGGUGAACACAGAACAGCUUGUCUAGAUGAAGUCCAAAGACUAAAAAAUGGAUGCACUGACAGCAUUCCAGAAUUUGCUGGGGGAAGUGAAGCAUCUGGGGUAUCAUCCUGUACUGCAAAUCUCUCUUUGUCAGGUAUGCUUCUUCUGUCUCUCCAGCUGACUGAUUUAAUGGCAUCUACAACUGUAUAAAAAAAACCAGUGAAAUCGUUUGAUAUUCUACUAGUUAGGUUACCAUAAAGGCUGCAUGAUCCUGAUGAAAGACAAUCACCCUUGGAAGAAACAUGGUUGUCCCCAUAAACAUUUUGAAAAAAAAGUCAGUGAUCAUAAUAUAUAGGAGAGUACUUUAUAAUACAAUAUUUUAUUGUUAACAUCAGGGUUAACAGUCCUUCCAGUAAUUAUUGAGGCUUCAGUCACUUAUUAAUUUUUGAGGUGGUUGAGCAUUUUCCUGUUAAAUCCUUGUUGAUAUUCUUGCUGUUUGUUCAAGUUUUUAUUCUAUUAUACAUGUAUUCCAUUCCCUUUUGAAUGCUAACCUUAGGUAUCAAGAUCAUAUUAAGGCAAGACUUCAUGGAUGUGUUAAGAGUUGGUAUCAGAAGUGGUAAGAAACCAUUUUUUAAUCUGUUAUUUUUAGUUGAAAUAAAAAAUGUACCAGAUGUUAACUGGUAAAAUUUUGUUUCAGGUUAAAAUUUUUUAAUCCACAACUGUAGGUCGUGGAAUGAUUCUCAAUUCUCUGUCCCGUGGGGCUAGGACAGGGGAUUAACCAGAAAUCAAACUAUUUGAUCUGUAACACAGAAAAUAAAAAGGAUAACAUAGACUCCUAUGGCACAUGCAUGGUGAACCUACAAGCAAAUUAAGGCACAAGCUGUGAAAGAAAACUGGUUUUCUUUGGAACCCUAUUGGGUACUGUGAGUCAUUUUUUUGAUAACUGAAUGUUCUUCGCUUAUUUUCAGAUCUUGGUGUGUUUUACUUUCUCUGUAUUAUCCAACAUGGCCCACAUGAGUUCUACUGUACCAAAGUCCUUUCAACAAAUGAUGCCACAGAUGGAAACUUCUUGUUGUUCCCUGAUAAAUUCACGUUGUAAGUCAUCCUCAAGUACUGCUUACUUGUUAGAUCAGUAGUGUAUUUAAGCAUCAAGAUUAUAAGCCUGUUAAACUAAGCAGUUUUGGUUGCUACUUGAUUGUCUCUGAGCCAAGUUUUGUUGUGCUGUUGUCACAGUGGAACAAGUUACACAAACAUUGUUUAUCAUAACCCCCCUUCAAAUAGAACAUGUGCAAUUCAUUCUACUGCUGCAACUAGUACAUUUACUCCACGGGAUGCCUAACACUUUUUUUUCUUUUAACGUGAAACUCACAAAAACGUGAACACCAUACUGUCUGUUGAGGCAGCUGCUAAACAGUGCUGCUGACAAUGUUGCAAGUUUGCUGAUAUUUCAUUGUAUUCUGGACAGUUAGCUUCAGGAUACUGCUUUAGAUGGGCUAAGUGAAGCUGAGUCUUGAAAUAAGAAAAGUAAUAUCUUGCAAGACGCUUUCAAACAUGCUGUCAAACAGCUGAUGUAUGUAAAAAAAUAUUUCAAGUUAUGGCUGGCAGUAUUCACUCUUUUCGGAUCCUUAGUAAAGAAACGCUUUGGGUCAUGUGUCCAAACUACAGGUAUUCACCUCUGUUGUGGAUCAUUUGGAUCAAUAAUCUGUUUGUGGAUUAAAAAUCCAGAUUUGGAUUUAAGGGUCAUCCCCAGUGUAAUAUAAUUUAUUCGUUUUCUUUCUUUUAUGGACUAUUGUCAGGGUUAGGUUCAUUGUUAAGGAUGUUUUGCUUUAUUUGUUAUUAGUCAGCGGUGAAUAAUAAAUUAUAUUACACCGGAGAUGAGCUGGAUUUUAGUAAAGAAAUACACCCUAAACUUACAAUGCACUUGACACCAAUUUGGUGACCUGUCUGGCUGUCCGGGUAUAAUAUGCCACUGAGAUCUAUAAUACUUACAAGUGUUAUUCUGUUGCAUUUUUCCUUUUGAAGUAUAAGUAAACAGUCCAUUGACUCUUUUGUCAUUUCUUUAUUUCAACAGGAAGGACAUCAAACCAGAUUUUAAUGUCACAAUCAAGGUUUUCUGCAUGGUGAGCUUCUUAUGAUGAUUGUUCUUGUAGACUAUAAAAUUACAGCUGGUUAAGAGGGGUAAACCAUGCUGUCUUGUGAGAAAGCAAGUUUUGUGGAAUGCUAACUUCUUUACUCUCUGCUCACGUGCCCCCUCUGCAGGCUCAGUGUAGAAAUUUGUUGUGUUAACUUUUGCUUUCUAUGAUUUGUAGAAUGUAAAAAAGGCCAUUGUCAGUGCUCCAGCCACCCCAUCUAAGACCAAGCUCUUUCAGUCACCAAAAGUUGUGAAAGGAAUGUUUACUGGGGUGAGGAUUCACUGAUACUUGAUUGUGGCUUAUUCUGAACAUUUUGUGUGUUCAAUGGAUCAAGAUUAAUAUGAUAAAAAUAAUAAUUGUACUUUUUUUUCUCUCUUAUGUCUUCUCUACAGCGACGCACAUCAGAUACCCCUCCAGGUGGGUGGAAAAUGUUUUCACUUGAGGCCUGCAGUUCAAAUGCAUUAGGACUCCAUGCACAACUUAUAUAAUGUUAACUUGUUGGCCUUACUUUUUGUUUCAAUAGUAUACCUGUAAUAAGCUUAAAUAACUUAAUAUGUAUGUCGUCUUGAUAUCCAUACUUGAAAUUUAGACUCUGGUCUUCUUAUAGCAACCCAGGUUUUGCCAUCACCUCAGACAGUAUUCAGAACCAGCAGCUUCUCUCUUGUGGGAGUAACACAUGUAAAUCUUCCUAUCAUCAAGUCCAAGAGAUUCUCUCUUGAUAAGGUAUAUAAUUAUGUUCUUGAAAAUAAUAUUUAGAAUAAUUUACAAAUAAUUACAUUUUGUCUACUUUGAAUGCAAGAAGACAAUUUGCAGUACACUCUUUGAGAAAUGAGGAAAAGAUCAGGCAUCAUCUCCUGUACUAUUAAUGUUUUUAAUAUUAAUUAGAAAAAUAACAUGGCUAAAGCUUUGUCAAUUUUAUGGCAUGUACCGCCAUACAUGAUCCAGAGAGUCUAUUAGACCCGGUCCAAAAGUUAAAUUUCAUGUGUGCCAAAUUUAACUCUAUUUUAGUCAACUAAUUAAAACUAAUUAAAUAGGGCAGUUCAUUCAGAUGUUAGAUAUGAUAUGGUGCCAAAUUUAACUCCAUUUGUUUUAAAUAUUGCCAGUCUCUAAAACAAUUUGUUAUCCAAUAUGGAUAAUAGUUUCUAUAUAAUUAAUGCAUUAUAUUAGGCACAUGUGAAAUGCCACAUCAGAAUCAAAUGUCAAACCAGAGUUGAAUCGCCAAAUGUUUCAGUCGCAGAUUCGGGAGACUUUACCUAGAAUGUAUAACAAAAAUAAAUGUCCUGGAGAAGAGCUUCCAUUAACAACUUCAUAUUAUCUUCACUUUAUUUUCAACAAUAGUAUUGAAAUAAUUAUUGCAUGUUAUUAUUGACAUGUCAUCUUCAAUUCAAUUCAAUUCUUUAUUCACCCUAUAUAAGAUAUUUACAUAAGUGUACAUAGUAGGAAAAUAAAGUAGCUACAAAUAAUAAUUAACUAAAAGAUAUUAAGUUCAUUUGUGUACGGUGUCCAAAGUAGCAAGAGCUUUCUUGUUCUUUAGGUGCCUGAUAGUUGCCCCUUGAGUACCUACUUGGAAAUGAAAGCUGAAUGCAUCCCGCUAUGCAGCAGCCAUGUCAAAGGAUUCUUGGUAAGCAUUAUAAUCCUGGUCACUGACACUUGGUCUCUAGAAAGGUUGUUUUUGAAUUACAAAAGAGCAUGCUGACUUGUUUAAGUUAUGCAGCCAAGACAGCCUUUUGUUAGUAAUGUUUUCUGUCUGGGAAGUUGUCAGUAUUUUUUCAUUAAUUUUCAGACAAUCCUGGAGGACAUCGGUGGUUAUGGUGCAUGGCAGAGGCGGUGGUGUGUGUUGGAAGGUGCUGUCAUGUCCUACUGGAGAUACCCAGGAGAUGAGUCUAUCAAGGUACACAGUCAUAUACAGUGGCAUCCACAUGAUUUUGAUUCCCUGUAAUAUUACAAAGAAAGUUUUAACCACAUGGCUUUUGACAGAAAUCUUUGUAACUUAUAAUGAUAUGUGACCUCAUCAGUUUUUGAAAAGGGGAUUAAGGUCAAGAGCAUUUUCUUAGGUUUUUAUGUUCAAUGUGUUUAAACAGUGUUUAGACAUGUAUUAUUAUUAUUGUUGUUGUUGUUGUUGUUGUUGUUGUUCUUUUUGUUGCUCUAAGUUAUUUUUAUCAUAUUAUUAGUAAAAAAGCAACCAUGCAAUCCCAAGAGCAAUGCAACAAUAGGCAAAUAAGAACUGGUCAGUUUCUUUGCUGGUUUUUAGCUACAAGAAGCCAAUUAAAACAUCAAGUUAUUGAAUUUUAGUGUAGCAUAACAAUAUAUUUUCAUUAAUUUCGCUACCAUUUGCUUCCUUCUCAAGCCACCCCUUGGGAGUAUUGACUUAUCAGAAUGUAUCAGUGAGGAAGUGACCAGAGUCGCAAGGGACCUGUGUGCACGACCAAACACCAUGGAACUAAAAUUAAAAAGGGCAUGUGGCACAGAAGUUAAGUAAGUAAUGAAUUUCUCUCAGCCAUGUGUUUGGAUAAUUGUGCUUAGCAGUAAUAAAUAAUGUAUGGUUAGAACUAGGAUCUAUUACUGCGUUUUUCAAAAACACACAAACUCUAAGUUCAUAAGCUGCCUUCAUGCAUUUUUUGCUGUAGUCAAUCAUAAUAAUAAUAAUAAUAAUAUUAUUAUUAUUAUUAUUAUUAUUAUUAUUAUUAUUAUUAUUAUUAUUAAUUAUAGUCACAAACAACAAACCUUGAAACACAGGAACCACAAAACGGAUCGAAAUUCACCAAUCACAAACCAUGACUUUGACCCCCCUUUGAAGUUAAAUUCUUUUUUAAGAGGUCUGCUAAGAUGGUUGACGGCAGUGAAAAACAUCAGAAUUCUUGUGUUUUUGAAAAGAGCAGUAACAAAGUGGUUAAAAUUACAGUGGAGGUUCAUUGUAUAGUAGGCUCGAUUACCACCUGUUUUGUACCCCCACCUUCCUUCAUACUCAUCAUGGCUGGAUCACAGGUCUUAAAACAAGACUACCUUAAAUGACAGGUAAAUUUAGCCUACCUGUACAAGUGUCUAGGCAUUUUUAUGUACGAAAAAUUUUCCUCUUAACUAUUGGUAAUGCUUACUAUGUCAGGUACCUUCUGGCUGCCGAUACAAAGACAGACCGUGCAACAUGGAUUGACAGUCUUAAUGAAGCUCUCAGAGAUGGACGUGCAUGGACAAUGACAGAGGACAGGCCUCUCUACCCUGAUUUGAGCAGACUGCAUAACCAAGAUGUGUAUAUGUGUUCCAAGGAUACUGAAUAGCUGGCUCAUUGAAUAGCUACUUUCCUUCUCACAGCAGUAUCUGAGUGAAAGUCUCCAAAUUGCAUUGUGUCCUAAAUAAAACAGAUUGAAACUUUAAGAAGUUCUUAAUUCAGCUGGUAUUAAACUGAAAGGUCAAAAGAUAAUACACAUUUUAAAUUAAAUAGAAUGUAAAUUUAAUGAACAAUGAUCCUCACCUAUAGAAAGGCAAAAAGGGUGUGCUUAAAGUUUAGCUAAAUUGCUUCACUAACAGUAAGCAUCGCUGUUUUAUGGGGCUGUCGUUAAAGGCCAGGAAUUUCCCGCUGCUAUUUUCACAGGAAACAAAAGGAAAAUAUGGCCAAAAGAACACCUAGAUUUUCAAUCCCCCAACAAAUACCAAUUGUAUAUACCCAGCAUCAAAAAAUCUUAGUGCUAGCCCUGCUGCACUGAUACAAAUAAAAUUAAGGAUAUCAUUACCUGCAGAGCUCUGACUUGAUACGUAAAUCAAAAACAAGAUCAAAGGUUAAGUCAAUGACUUGUACUACAUAACAACCCAUAACAGACAUGUCUGCUAUGUCAUUUCAACUCUAAUCAUAGCUUACAAUAAGUACGAUGGAGUACAAUUUUACACAAUAAUGCACAGUAUAAUCCAAGCAGACAAUUUUAACAAUAGUCUGUGUAAAAUCCAUGGGAAAUAGACUUUGCCAUGAAUUUCCAGGGUGAAAAGCUCGGAAGAAUAACUUAAGAUAAUUUCUGAUAGAAAACAGGAUCAUUUUAAAGAAGCAAAGACAAAGGAGAGUUGGCAUUGAGUCAGCUAAUGGAGAAAAGAAGAGAUAAUUAAGUUACUGUAAGGCAAUUAACUUAAGUGUAAAAUUAAGACAAACCCAGGUUUGGCUAGAAAGAAUGAGUGUAAUCCAUUGGGUGAAAGCCAACAAUUUUGUGCAGCCUUUUGUGUGAAAUACAGCUUGCUGUACAACAGAAUUUCAAGCACUUUUGUUUUUUUUGUGGGGGAUGGUGGGGAGUUGGAUCCAACCCAGGUUUUGUUGAUGCCUUCCAUUGUGUUGUACUAACUUUGUCCUAGUUUUAACAAAAUUUAAAAGUGCUUGCCUUGGUGACAAUUAAAGCUGAAGAUUUACUGAGUAUAGUUA